AUGAGUACUGUGAAUCUAAGCACAAACUGGGUUCAAACCCAUUCCAUGUAUAAAUCCAGAUCUACACCCACCAACAUCCUCCAUCCUCCGAAGACCAAACGACCCUUCUCUAUCUUCUUUCCACGCCCAAGAACCCAACUCAUCUCGUAUUCAUCUCUCUCUGUCUCCUCAAUCCUCAUCAAAGAACAAACCGACACUCCACAAGAAGAAAACAAACAAACCCAGCUCGAAUCGACCUUCAAUUUCAAGACCUACAUGGUUGAAAAGGCCAAUUCUGUGAACCAAGCCUUAAACGCCGCCGUUUCGCUCCGAGACCCCCUAAAGAUCCACGAGUCCAUGAGGUACUCCCUCCUCGCCGGCGGCAAAAGGGUACGUCCUAUGCUCUGCAUCGCCGCCUGCGAGCUCGUCGGGGGCCAAGAAUCCACCGCCAUGCCCGCCGCUUGUGCGGUGGAGAUGAUUCACACGAUGUCCCUAAUGCACGAUGACCUCCCCUGCAUGGACAACGACGAUCUCCGCCGAGGAAAGCCCACAAACCACAAGGUUUUCGGCGAAGACGUCGCCGUUUUAGCUGGGGAUGCUCUUUUAGCAUUCUCAUUUGAGCACGUAGCAACCGAAACAAAAGCGGUUUCUUCAGAAAGAAUUGUUCGUGUGAUUGGUGAAUUGGCAAAAUGUAUUGGAGCUGAAGGGUUAGUGGCCGGUCAGGUGGUUGAUAUAUGCUCUGAAGGCAUAUCCGAUGUUGGAUUGGAACAUCUUGAAUUCAUUCAUGUUCACAAGACGGCGGCGUUACUGGAGGGGUCGGUGGUUCUUGGGGCUAUUUUGGGUGGGGCAAAUGAUGAGGAAGUUGAGAAAUUGAGGAAGUUUGCUAGGUGUAUUGGGUUGUUGUUUCAGGUGGUGGAUGAUAUUCUUGAUGUUACUAAGUCGUCCCAGGAAUUGGGGAAGACUGCGGGUAAAGAUUUGGUGGCUGAUAAGACAACUUAUCCCAAGUUGAUUGGUAUCGAGAAGUCAAGAGAGUUUGCUGCCAAGUUGAAUAAGGAGGCUCAGGAUCAGCUUUCUGGGUUUGAUCAGAAGAAGGCGGCGCCGUUGAUUGCUCUGGCGAAUUACAUUGCUUACAGGGACAAUUAA